AUAAAUCAACGUAAUACCAAGUUGUGGUUUUCAAUAGACUUUCGACGUUUCGAGGUUUACAUUAUUUCACUCUGUCAUUGCGUCCCACGUGUUUGGUUAUUAAAAUUAAUUGGCUUGAAAACCGUCGUCCCGCGAAACAACGAUAGUGACGAGUAAACAUUGAAAAUCCCUAUGAAUACCGUCGAAAGUUUUUUGAACGUCUUAUUCGACAUACCGCGUUGACGUUGAACGUUUGUUUACUUAAUAAUUUUCAUAUUGUUUCGCAUCCGAACGUAAAAAAAUGGACACGUUUUCUCUCGAAUACUUAUCCCUAGACAGAUAUUCAAACUGGAAGAGCCGACGGACUGCCGUCAACACGUUUUUCGAGUGAGAUUCGGAAGAAACGUGCUGACGGCCGAAGCGGCGACUAAGGAUCGGUGGUUCAGAAAGUGCGCCACGUGCAAGUGCAGAUGCGUGUACUCGCGCAUGGUGCGGUGCUUCGAAUGUCAAUGGUACGUGUACAAGGGUUGUGCGAUUCGGACGGCGGCACGCGGAAAGGACCGGCUGCUCUCGACCAACCGCGAUCCUGCCAUUCGUUCCGUCCAGGCUUUUACUGAAAACACGGAACCGGCCACGGUUGUCAACACAGCGGUCACGCGGAGUUCGGCUACCGACGUUGACGAUAGAGAUUUGGCCACGGCCAUUCCUGCUGACGACGGGGUAGUCGACGCGGCGGCCGCGCAGUGUUCGGUAGUCGAAGUGGACGCGACCACGGACGUGAACGAUGAAAAUUUGGUCAUCGUGAUUCUUUCCGUCGACGAAGCGGUACCUGUCAUACCGAUCGCUAUAGUCGACGACGACAUCUUCUGGACGCAGGCCUCGGUAACGACCGACUACGACGACGUUAAGCAACCCGAAGUCACCGCCGUCGCCCCGUCCGAAAUUGAAAUAGAUCCGUAGAUCCAACCAAUUGUUUUCUCUGAUACUUUAUUUCGGACUGAAAUAUAACACGUCACGUGACGGUUAACCACU